AUGCACUAGAACGAUUAAAAUCAAGGUUCAUUAUUGUCAUAAUAAUUAAGCUAACAUUGAUUUCAAUUAAUAAUAUACAUUAGAAGAUGAAAAAUAUUACAAAUUACCUAAUUUGAUUGUUGGAAAUUUUAAGGGCCAAAGAACUCAUAUCAAUGUAAUAAUGAUUGUAUCCUUUUAGUAUUAGCAAGAUAUAAAAAAAUUGGAUGAUGAUUUAAAGGAUAUUGCAGAGUCAACAGUUCUUAAACUUAGAGAUUAUGCUAAAGUUUGGGAUGUCGACUCUACAAAUUAAAAAUAAAGAUAUUACUUCAACAUUCCACCAACAAGCUUCUUGCAUAAAAUUAAGGAGUUUGAAUUACCUAAAAAUUUUUAGGCUGUAAAAUUUUUGAUUUUAAUCAUUUAAGUACGAAUAUAAUGCUGUAUCCAAUUUAUCGGAAAAGCAAAUUAAAGAAAUGUAUGAAACUGGAACUUUUGAAGUUCCCUCUAAAUAAUUUCCAAUUCCAUACGUUUGGUAGAUAUCAUCAUGGGUUAUAAAAGGUAAACCAUCAUUAUUUUAUCUAAGGAAGUUAAAAUAUAAAAACUUCAAAAUAUUUAGAUCUUGCAAGAGCUUACAAAGCUUAUAGAACUUGGCUUGCCUAUAUAGCUUAAGAAAAAGAUGAAAUAGGAAGAAACAUAUCACUUAGAUCUGCAAUUUAUAAUAUCGGAAUUGUAUUUUUUUUUAUAAAUAAAAUAGAGACCAUUAGUAAUAUUUUCUAUUUUUUUUGGAUUUAAAGAGAUGUAUUCUUAUGUAGAAGAACAAAAAAUAUUGUCUUUAAUUGAAACUUAAAGGCAACUUGAAUUGAAGAAAUUACAGAAUAUCAAUAUCGAAUUAUAUAAAUAUUUAUAAUUAAAGCCUGGUGAUUAUAAAAAUGUUGAAGCUAAAUAAAAAUAUGAAGACUUAUAAUAAUGCUAAAAUUAAUUUGAAAUUGAGAGAAAUGGAAUAAAAUUGUAAAUGCAAAACCUAUACGAUAUCCAAACAGAAAAGAAAACUCUUUUAGAAACUGAAGAUGAAGAGAUUAUCGAGUAACACGAACAUUUACAAGAAUAAAUAAACUAAUUACAAAGCGAUUUUGUUAAAAAAUAUAAUCUUUUUAUUGAUAAGAAUAUUGAUAUAAAUCUAUAAAUCGAAUUAGCUGAAUAUUUAGCCCAAAAGUAGUUUUGGGAAAAAACAAAAUAUUCAAAACCUAUUGUUAAUCAAAUUAUUUCAUUAGGAGAUUGUCUACGGCUUUAUGAUUAUCAUUAUGAUAUUUAUCAAGCAAAAUAUAAUUCAGCAAUAAAAAGAUUCAAAGAAUAAAUAAAAUAAUAACAUAAAAUAAAAUCUAAUUUCCAACAGUUUGUUGAUGAAGAGACUUAAAAAUUCAAAAAGGAUGUGAAAAAACAACUCAAAUAAUAAUUUGUUUCAAAUUUUUAAGAAGAUAUGAAAUUAUUAAAUUUGCCUGAAAUAUAAGUUUAUGAAUAAUUUUAGAAAUGUAAAAAAUAGAUGAGGGACAAUUUUAAGCAAAUGAGAAUCCAACAAAAAAUGGAAAAUAAAGAGGCCUCUAUUAAACUUGUUGUGUAUAGUUUUCAUAUAAAAUUAGAUCAAAACGAUUAUUUCCUCCAUAUGAAGUUUACUAAGAAAGGAAUAGAUUUUAUUUGAGAAGAUAUAAAGAUUAUCACAUUGAUUCUUCUAAAGCCGGUUGGAAGCUUAAAUUAAUAGGGAUAAGAUAUUAUGUUUGGACAAUCAACAUUAUUUUUUGGUUAAGUGCAAAUGCUGUUUCAGGACCUAUUGGAAUUAAAGCUUUAAUAAAAAAGGAAAAAUUUAAACCAGACGUGACGAUUGAUUCCAUUACAGGUUAAGUUAUGCCUUCAAGUUUUACUGUUACUCCUUUAAUAAUAAAGUUUUUUUAAGUAUUAGAAGGGAUGAAAAACUCAAGGUGUCAUUUUGAAAAUAGCGCUGAUACUGGUUUGUUUGGAAAAAAUUUGUAUCGAGUUUUUAAUUUAAUGGAAGUCUACAUUUUUAGAUUUUUAUUAGUAGGUAUUUUAGGAGUUUUAAUCAUUUUGCCAAUUAUUAUUUUAUCUAAUGUUGUAAUUUCUACUUUAUUGGCAUUCACUGCUUGGCUUUGGAUUCCUGUGACCAUUAUUAUUCGAAUCUUAUUUAAUGUAUUAAUUUAUGAUACAGACGUGUGUCGUAGAAGAGAGAAAGACAUUAUAUGGAGAUCUCCUAAUUGGUUCCCUUUAAUCAUCAAUAUUUUUGAUUUUUUAAUUUUAGGAAUAUUGAACACCGUUUAUUGCUUAUUUAAAUUGCUAUUAUGGCAUCCCUUUUGGAUAACUUUUAUGGCCAUAUUUGCCUAAAUGAGAUUUUAUACUAGAUCUUUUUAUGAUUCUUUUACUAUUAUAAUUAUAAAAUUAUUAGGAAGAGUUCCUUCUUCAGAAAACAAUAUAGCUUGGAAAAUCUCAGGACCUGGGUUAUCUAGAUAAUAUUUUUAUGGAGUAUAUAUGAUUGUUAUUUAAGAUCAAAUUGCCUUAAGUAUUGAUUUUAGUUCAAGCAGAAUUAGAGAAAAAGAUGUUAAAUCUGUAUAAAUAAAAAUUAAUAAAUCUAAUAAACAAACCUUCAUUAGAAUUAAAGUAAAAAAUUAACCCAUUUUUCUAAUUAUUUAAUGUAAGAAAUUCUAAUAUAUCUAGGCUUAAUUUUCUUUUGAUGACCCAGCUUGCAGAUAUUUGACCAAUCAAUUAGAUAAAUAAAUAGAUGAAAGACUAAGCUUAUUUCCAAGCCUUAAACAUUAAAUUAGAUUUACUGAAGAUGAAUUAAAGUUUAUAUUAAAAUAGGUCAAAUCUUUUGUGAAAAAAUAAAUAAUCUUGAAAGACAUGAAAUCUUACAUUUGGGAUACCUACUAUGUUUAGAAAGGAGAUUAUAAUUUAUUAUGUGAAAAAAUUAUGGUUGCAAUAUUCGGUUAAGCUGUUCUUGAUCCAUUCGAAGAUAUAGAAAUGAGAUUUUAGCUUGUAAUACAAUUAUUUUAUCUUAGAAUGUUUCUUAAAACUUUGAUUUUAUUAGUAAAAUUGAUAGAGUAUUGGAUGGGGACUUAUUAUUUUAGCUUCCUUGUGAUUAUUAAAUUUAACCUAAAAAAUAAGGAGGUAACGAUAUUGUUUAAAAAAAAUUUAUUUCUUAUCAACAUGUAUUCUGUUUAUAUAUCUGUAGGUAUUAUAAGAAGUAUGGAAUUGGCAAAAUUUAAAGCAAAAUUAAAGUUCUUUAAACUCAAAAAGGAAUAGAUGCUUAAUAAAUUAUAGUAUAGAUCCAAAAGAGUGA